AUGGAGAAAGAGUGCUAUGAAGGUUUGCUGCAUGAGUUAGAGGAUGGAUUCAAGGGUUUGUUGGGAAAUGGAGAGUGUCGAAAACGAAACAGAGCUACGGUUUUCGAUUGUGAGCAUGUUGAAGCGUCUUGUUCUGAGUCUCAUAGGCCUAAGAAGAGAAUUACAGAGAGUGAUCUUGAAGAUGAUGAUGAUGAUGAAGAAGAACUAGGACUCUCUUGUGUUGUUAUUAGUGAUGAAUCAGAGGAAGAAGAUUCGGAAAAGGAAGAGACUUUACAGGGAAUGUUGAAGUGGCUUGCUUCGGUUGCGAGAUGUCCUCACAACCCUUCCAUUGGAGUAACACCACAUUGGAUCCAAGUGACUAGAGCAAAGAAAGCUUUACUUGUUCAAAGAGACAAUCUUAUGGGUCACCAAACUAUGCAUCCUUCAAUGUAUGAAGACGAUCGUAGGUCGACAGGGAGGUUAAGAUACAGCAUUAGGCGUCCACAGUUGUCCAAACCACAUUCUUCCUCCUCUUCUUGCAAUGGAAGUUUGGUCUCUCUAUCUGAAUCAAGAUCUAACAGUUGCAGAGCUUUGGUCACUUCUUGUAAUUCCACAGCUUCUGAGAGAAGAGACCUUCUCGCAGGAACAUCUGCAGCCAUGGACUUACAUGUGUCCAAACCACAUUCUUUUUCCUCUUCUUGCAAUGGAAGUUUGGUCUCUCUAUCCGAGUCAAGAUCUAACAGUUGCAGAGCUUUGGUCACUUCUUGUGAUUCCACACCUCCUGAGAGAAGAGACCUUCUUGCUGGAACAUCUGGAGCCAUGGACUUACAAGUGUACACAAAUGCAAUCACAAAGCCAGACGAAUCAGAGAUGCAAAGAAGCUAUGUGUCCUUAGGGCGUCAUUCGCAAGCUCAAGCUCGAGUCGAUGAAGGGUCAGUAUCCGGUUUAAAUAGCGAUUCAAAAUGGUUAGGAACUUGUGUAUCGCCAUUGGAAAACGAAGAAGAUUUAGAUGAUACGGUUGGAAAAGGAAGGCCAGAUAGUUGCAGCUGUGAUCCCCUCAUCGCUGGUUCUGUUGAAUGCAUCAGGUUGCACAUUGCAGAGAAGAGAAUGGAACUGAAACGUGAACUCGGAGAUGCGUUCUUCCAUUGGAGAUUCAAUCAAAUGGGAGAAGAAGUGGCGUUGAGAUGGACAGAGAGAGAAGAGAAGAGGUUUAAGGAGCUGAUGGUUUCGGAUCCUGAGAGGUUUUGGGAAAAUGCUGCAAAGAAUUUCAGGGGGAAGACGAGAGAACAAUUGGUGAGUUACUACUUCAAUGUGUUCUUGAUUAAUAGGAGACGGUAUCAGAACCGUGUUACUCCGAGACAUAUAGACAGUGAUGAUGAAGGACCUUUUGGUGCUGUGGGAAGCAGUUUUGGUCGUGCUGCUGUUCCUUCGUGUGGUUCAGAUAUUAUGACAUGCUCUGAGAACAGUCAGAGUGAUGACUUUGACUGA